AUGGAUUAUAAUCUGCAGGUCAUCCACAGAAGUGUACGGGCAGGACAAAAGCGUCUUGGGCAGCUAGCCAAGUGGAAAACAGCCGAGGAGGUUGCUACACUAGUUCGAUCACUUCCCGUUGAAGAGCAACCAAAGCAAAUUAUUGUGACAAGGAAGUGUAUGUUGGAAGUCCAUGUGUCAUUCCAAGCUUGCUUGAAGAUCGACAAGUUUUCUCUCAAGGCUACGGAACCGCAGAUGGUUCUUUAUAACAUAUACGAUGACUGGUUGAAAAGUAUCUCAUCCUACACUGCAUUCUCUCAUCUUGUGCUUAUACCACGAGCAUCACAUGUCAAUAAUGAGAAGGCCAAGAUGUUGCUGAAGCCCGACAAGGCAAUGGGUCUCACUCUUUCAGAUUAUGGAAAGAAAAACAAUGUUAAUACUUCUGCUCCACCGUCACAGCAGAGGCAACAGAUAGCCGAGAUUGAGAAACAGGAUUUGACAUCACAUGCUAAAAUUUUGGAGAGAAGAACAAGCAGUGGGAUGGUGACAAGUGCAUCAUUUUGA